CCACUGAAAAUGUCUGUCCAGUUUUCCGCACAGGCACCCUGGAGGAACAACAACAUCAGUUUUCUGACCAGAGAGGCAGCUGUAACAGAGCAAGGAGAGACAAUCAUAGGUUUCUACCUGUUGGCUUUAGGUUGGUUGUCUUGGUUUGGAAACAGCAUUGUGAUUUUUGUCCUGUAUAAACAAAGACAUCUCCUGCAGCCUACCGACUACCUCACAUUUAACUUGGCAGUGUCAGACGCCAGUAUCUCUGUGUUUGGUUAUUCACGGGGCAUCAUUGAAAUCUUCAAUGUCUUCAGAGAUGAUGGAUUCAUUAUCACGUCAAUAUGGACUUGCCAGGUUGAUGGCUUCCUGACACUUCUCUUUGGCCUGGCUAGCAUUAAUACCCUUACAGUGAUCAGUGUGACACGCUAUAUCAAGGGCUGCCAUCCUGAGAGAGGUCACUGCAUCAGCAACAGCAGCAUGUCUGUGGCUCUGGUUCUCAUUUGGGUGGCAGCUUUCUUCUGGUCCGCAGCUCCACUGCUUGGCUGGGGCAGUUACACAGAUCGCAUGUAUGGCACAUGUGAGAUAGACUGGGCAAAAGCCAACUUCUCCACAAUCUACAAGUCCUACAUCGUCUCCAUUUUUAUCUGCUGUUUUUUCCUACCUGUCACAGUCAUGGUCUUCUCAUAUGUAUCAAUCAUCAACACUGUCAAACUGAGCCAUGCAUUGACAGGACUGGGUGAUCCCACAGACAGACAGAGGAGAAUAGAGCGGGACGUCACCAGGGUUUCUAUUGUCAUUUGCACAGCCUUCAUUAUUGCAUGGUCACCAUAUGCUGUCAUCUCUAUAUGGUCUGCCUAUGGUCACCCUGUGCCCAACCUUACCAGCAUCCUUGCCAGUUUGUUUGCUAAGUCUGCUAGCUUCUACAAUCCCAUCAUCUACUUUGGAAUGAGCUCCAAAUUUCGAAGGGACAUUUUCAUCUUGUUCCAUUGUGCCAAGGAAGUCAAGGACCCUGUGAAGCUCAAACGUUUCAAAAACCUCAAACCAAAGCAGCCACAGCCUUCUCAGAAAGAAGAGAAGUAUGCACCAGAAAUGCACCCCGCGCCAAGCCCCGAUUCUGGGGUGGGAAGCCCUACCAACACCCCACCUCCGGCAAACAGGGAAGUGUAUUUUGGUAUUCUCGAUACACCAUCCAAUAACCCCAAUAUUGAAUGUGAUAGAUUGUGA